AUAACAAUGGCAACUUCACAGUCAGGCCAGUCGGACGAGCCUCCCUACCGCUCGUACAAAGAGCUUCGAAGCGAUCAUGUACAUGUCCUCUUCUCUCCUACCAUCAAGCGUCUCUUCUGGCCUCUCGAUGGCGUCUUUCCCACCGCAAUUUCCGUCAUGAAGACCCCUCGUAGUGCGGACGAUCUCGAACCCUACUUCCAACCAGACACUGGACGUAGUGGCAGCGGCACGUGGCACGAGAUCUCGCAGCUGCCUCUCACCGAGCCAAAAGUUUCAUCUAUUGAGGCCUCAGUCUACGACCUCGACCAAUGGGAGUUUGAUUGGAUGGCGUGGCAUAGGGAUCACACGGGAGGCGAGUUCGACCCCGAGUAUGUCACGUACGGAGAUCUCAGCGAUGAGGACCGGCCUUACGCGAAUGAUUCGAAGCAGGACGGUAGCUGGGAGGAGGACUCGGACACGGAGUUUCUUGUGAAAUGCUGUGGAGAAGACAGACCGCUUAGGAAGAGAGGAGUCAAGUUAGUGAUCACGCCUCCUGCAGAGAAUCACUUUGUCACGGUGCACGACUAUGUCCGCGCUGUGCAUCCCUGGCUCAUGAGCCUGCGUCAGGAUAUUUUGAAAGCUAAGACGGUUGCACGUCCUCAGCCUUAUUCUGCGUCGGCGCCAACGGAAUGGAUGGUGAAUGAGGGGCCGGAACACAAAAUAGAAGAAAAAGAGAGCUGGAUUCGGGAGCAUGGCGGUGGCCCGCCUCGUGCUAUGUCUGCCUCAACUGCCGCGAUCCUCAAUAGGAUACGUGCGAGUAGGAAUAGGUAGUUUAAAAUUGAUGCAAAACUUAACCAUUACGUCCAAAGCAUCAAGGCAGUUUUCAUCCAUCUACAUUCAAG